AUGUUGAUCACCUACUUCGCCGAGUGGCCCUUCGCUGCAGCCUCACCUGCAUCCAGACCAGACAGGGUGAUAUUCACAGCCUGGGUCCGUGAGAUUGCUUUUCUCUGCGGCAGGCAUAGCCAGAUCUUCCAACCCUGGGAUCCAGAGGAUCAUCUUUUUGAUCGCAGGAAAGAAAGGUUUUGGAAAACCUCUUUCGGGGACUGGCGACAGACAUUGAGCCUCCCUAGGACCCGCCGUGUUAAGCUGGUCCUAAUUGCUGACCGGCUUUGUUCGCCUCUGGUACCUUCGCCAUUGACGAGCCUCACUAUUCUGAUGGAGGCUCUCACUCCACUCCUUGACAUAUUGCUUGCGCGCCUUGGUGAACUUUUAGAGACAGCUCAAAUUGAAAUACGAAACAUAGAGGGGCUGAUAACAUACGAUAUCUUCACUAAAUUGCUGAGCGACGAUAUUUACCCAAAUAUCUACAACGCCGUUACCCUUAUCUUCACUGUUUGCCCGAGCCCUAAAAUUAUAAAUGAGGGGAUUAUGUUUGAUCCUAUGUACCGGCUGUGUUAUCCCGAGCUCGUCCGGAGUGAACGAAGAUUAAAUUUGAUGGCUUUAAGGCAGCCAGGUUUCGGUGGAAGUGGUCCUUUGGACAUGCAGCAGGGCGAGAAUUAG